AUGUCUGUGGUCAUGCUUGUCCUGUCGCGAAUGCCCUCUCCCUUCUUUCUAGAUAAGCAGACAGAACGCCAGGCAGUGCUGGGGGGAUGGCAGCCUUUGUAUGAGGUUGACAGCACCCGCAGGAGGCAAGUUGGAGUGCUGUGUUUCAUCUCCUUCUUCACGGUCACUGGGGGUCACCAUGCCUUCCUGGGGAGAAAUGAUGGCAUCAAAACAAAGAGAGAACUCAUUGUGAAUAAGACAAAUCAUCUAGCCCCAGUCCAGGAAUAUGAGCUGCUGCUUCAGGUGACCUAUAGAGAUUCCGAGGAGAAAAGAGACUUGAAGAAUUUUCUGAAGCUCUUGAAGCCUCCAUCACCAUGGUUACAUGGGCCCACGAAGAUUAUCAGAGCGAAGGCCACCACACACUGCAGCAGCCUGAAUGGAGACCUGCAGUGUGCCUGUGAAGACGGCUACACCUGGUUCCCCCACUCCUGCCUCGACCCCCAGAACUGCUACCUUCACAUGGCUGGAUCACCCCCGAGUUGUGAAUGUCAUCUCAGCAACCUCAGCCAGAGUGUCAAUUUCUGCGAGAGAACAAUGAAUGAUGGGGUGAGUCAAAUAACAUGGACUCCGGGACAGGAAGAACUUCAAAAAGAUUCCCCAAAGACUGCUCUGGUUAUGUUGAAACUCCAGAUUUUGGUGGAGCUGAGCGAAGAUCAUUACAGGGAUGGAAGCAUCAUUGCCGGGUAUGAAGUUGUCGGUUCCAGCAGUGCAUCCGAGUUGCUGUCAGCCAUUGAACAGGUGGCUGAGGAGGCCAAAGCAGAUCUUCGCGAGCUGUUUCCAAUAGAAGACAGCUCUUUCAGAGUAUUCAGGAAAGCCCUGUGUAACAGCAAUAUCUUUGGAUUUGGGUCUAAGGAUGAUGAGUAUACCCUGCCCUGUAGCAGUGGCUACACUGGAAACAUCACAGCCAGGUGCCAGCUCUCUGGGUGGCAGAUCAUCAGGGAGACUUGUGUGCUCCUUCAGCUGCAAGAACUGGAGGAGAAUUUCAACAUGUUUGCAAGCAAUGCCACUGAGGCAGCUGUGUCAUCCGUGGUGCAAAAUCUUGCAGUCAUCGUUGAGCAAAGCCCAUCAACCACAGUUGGGAAUCUGGCUUCGGUGGUGUCAAUUCUGGGCAGUAUUUCAUCCCUGUCACUGGCAGGCCGUUUCAGGGUGUCCAAUUCAACAAUGGAGGAAGUCAUCAAUAUAGCUGACCAUAUCCUUGAUUCAGCCUCAGUUAGCAACUGGACAGUCUUACUGCAAGCAAGAAAGCAUGCCAGCUCACAGUUACUAGAGACACUGGAAAACAUCAGCAGUUUGGUGCCUCCGGAAGCCCUGCCCCUGAAUUUUUCUGGGAAAUUCAUUAACUGGCAAGGGAUUCCAGUGACCAAAAGCCAACUUAAAAAUGGUUACAACUAUCAGAUUGAAAUGUUUCCCCCAAAUACCUCCAUUCCCAUCAGAGGCCACGUGUCAAUUGGGUCAGACCAAUUCCAGAAGUCCCUUCCAGAAACCAUCAUCAGCAUGGCCUCGUUGACCCUGGGGAACAUUCUACCCAUUACCAGAAAUGAAAAUGCUCAGGUCAACGGGCCUGUGGUAUCCACGGUUAUCCAAAACUAUUUCAUAAAUGAAAUUUUCCUGACUUUUUCCAAGAUACAGUCAAACCUGAGCCAGCCUCAUUGUGUGUUUUGGGAUUUCAGUUAUUUGCAGUGGAACAAUGCAGGCUGCCACCUGGUGAAUGAAACUCCAGACACCGUGAUGUGCCGAUGUACUCACCUGACCUCCUUCUCUGUGCUGAUGUCACCCUUUGUCCCCCCUGCUGUUGUUCCUGUUGUAACUUGGAUCACCUACAUGGGACUGGGUAUCUCCAUUGGAAGCCUCAUCUUGUGCCUCGUCAUUGAGGCUCUGUUUUGGAAGCACAUCAAGAAAAGCCAAACCUCACAUACACGUCAUAUUUGCAUGGUGAACACCGCCCUGUCCCUCUUGAUUGCUGAUGUUUGGUUUAUUAUUGCUGCCACUGUGGACACCAAGGUGGACCCUCCUGGAAUCUGCACAGCUGCAGUGUUCUUCACGCACUUUUUCUACCUCUCUUUGUUCUUCUGGAUGCUCAUGCUCGGCCUCCUGCUGGCUUACCGGAUCAUCUUCGUGUUCCAUCACACUACCCUGCCUCUGAUGAUGGCUGUGGGGUUCUGCCUGGGCUAUGGGUGCCCUCUCAUUAUCUCUGUCAUCACCGUUGCCAUCACACAGCCUAGCAAUAGCUACAGAAGGAAAGAUGUGUGUUGGCUUAACUGGUCCGAUGGAAGCAAACCUCUCCUGGCUUUUGUUGUCCCUGCAUUGACUAUUGUGGCUGUGAAUUUGGCCGUGGUGCUGCUAGUUCUCAGGAAGCUCUGGAGACCAGCUGUUGGAGAGAGACUGAGCCAGGACGACAAGGCCACUGCUUUCCGUAUGGGGAAGAGCCUCCUCAUCCUGACCCCUCUGCUAGGGCUUACCUGGGGCUUUGGUAUAGGAACAAUGGUGGACAGCCAGAACCUGGCUUGGCAUGUUAUUUUUGCUUUACUCAAUGCAUUCCAGGGGUUUUUCAUCUUAUGUUUUGGAAUACUCUUGGAUAGUAAGCUGCGACAACUUCUAUUCAAUAAGUUGUCUCCCUUAAGUUCUUGGAAGCAAACAGCAAAGCAAAACUCGUCAGAUUUAUCUGCCAAACCCAAAUUCUCAAAGCCUUUCAACCCACUGAAAAGACAAGGCAAUUAUGCACUUUCCCAUACUGGAGAUUCCUCCAACGAUAUCAUACUAACUCAAUUUUCAUCAACUGAAUAAGACAAGCAACCAUAAAAUCAAGGAAAAAACUUUGGAACAACCUGACAUUUAGAGCUAAAUGUCAGUGAAGAAACUAUGCUCAGUAUUAGAUGGGAUUUUGAUUUAGGAGUCUAGAAAUAAAACAAGGAGAUUUCAGCGGCUU